AUGGUCCACGCAGCUGCUAUCUCCGCCGCGAUGCUGUCAGCAGCGUCGCUCGCGCCCCGAGCCUUCAACACGACCACGACAACAUCCGGAGACGCAUGUGCUCAGUUGAGCCAGCUCCUCGAUCAACAUCCAGGUGCCAAACUUGUCCGCGCGUCUGAGGGUUACUCGUGCCUGAAGGCUGUGCCGGUGGAUGUCAAGGGCGAUGCUCAGCUGGUCUCGGAGAUCUACAACAUUCUGACAUGGCAUUCACCACUGGCCUAUCUGAAAGACCCGCCCGAGGGUUACCCCAAUCCGCCUGUGGACCUUCUCGCGGGUCUGGAGGACAUUCAAAGAAAAAUCGUCGACAACGAAUAUGAGAGCGAGUACGACGUGCAGAAUGACAUCACUGUCCUGCUCAGCAAAGGAUAUGACGGUCACCUCGCCUGGAUUCCUGACAUCUCGAGCGUCAUCAGUUUCAACCGGUUAAACGCGCAGGCUGAUCUCGUCUCACUGUCCUUGGAUGGCAAGUCACUUCCAAAGGUCUACCUGAAGAGGGACAUCGAUGCCGUGUACCACGGUGCCAACUUCACCCCUUCGGCGUUGCACACCAUCGACAACCAGACGGCUUACGAUUACCUCGUUUCCUUCGCCGAGGACGACUUCAGCUGCCACGACCCCGACGCACGCUACCAGGACCUGUUCUACAACCCCGCCGGCGUGUCUCAAACUGGCUCUAGCAGUUCCUUCUUCACCGGUGCCAACAAGUACGUGGGCGACAAGACGAUCCUCGGCCACGAAAACGGCACCAAGACGGCCAUCAACAACUACGCCUUCGUCCCCCAGAACCUCAGCGGCAUCACCAGCGGCUCCGACCUGUUCGAAGCCUUCCUGACCGGCCCUUCGCCCACCCCGACCAGCACCGCCACCGACACCGACACGAGCACGUCGUCCACCUCGGCGACGCCCAUCCCGACCGCCUACAACUACCCCUACCCGGUCAACAAAGCCUCGGACAACACCGUCUCGGGCUAUUUCCUCAACGGCACCGCCCACCGCGACGUCGCCGUCCUCAGCAGCCCCAGCUUCGAGGCCUCCAACCUCACCGAGUUCCAAACCACCGUCCGCCACUUCCUGGCCGCCGCCACCGCCGCCAACAAGACGCGCCUCAUCAUCGACCUGCGCCACAACGGCGGCGGCCUCGUCAACCUCGGCUACGACCUCUUCAAGCAGCUCUUCCCGCAACAGGACCCCUUCGGCGCCACGCGCGUGCGCGCCGUCCCCGCCAUCGACGCCAUGGGCCUCGUCACCUCCGCCUGGGCCGACGCCCACGCCGCCAACGAAUCCGCCGUCGAGUCCGCCCUCCUCGACCUCGACUCCACCACCAUCGACGAGUUCUGGUACCGCAAGCGCCUCGACGCCGCCGGCCGCGACUUCGCCUCGUGGCCCGCCCUCUUCGGCCCCGACGCCACGCUCGCCCAAACCGACAACUUCACCCACCUCCUCCGCAAGAACUGGUCCGACGUCGAGUGGACCGGCGCCAUCGCCGGCUACGGCGCCCUCGCCGCCCCCGUCACCCCGCCCCAGCCGUUCGCCGAGUCCGACGUCGUGCUCCUCCAGGACGGCUACUGCGCCAGCACCUGCGCCGUCUUCUCCGAGCUCGUCAGGGCGCAGGCGCCGCGCGUGCGCAGCGUCGUGCUGGGCGGCCGCCCCCGCACGGGGCCCGCCGUCGCCGUCGGCGGGACCAAGGGCGCGGAGACGCUGAACUUCGGGCAGGUGGUGGAGAAGGCGGAGCAGGUGGUGGCGCUGGCGGCGGAGGUGGGCGACGGGAAGGAGGAAGAGAGGAGGCAGAUGCUGGAGGAGGCGGGCGUGGUGGCGCUGACGGAGACGGACGUCUUGUUCAAGCGGGUGCAGAGGGAUAGCGAGACGGGCGCCGCGAAGGCGCAGAUUAACUACAGGGAUAACUAUCGCUGGGGCAGCGGCGAGGGGACGGGCCUGCCGUUGCAGUUUGUCGCCGAUUAUGCGGAUUGCAGGUUGUGGUACACGCCGCGGAUGCUGUAUGAUGUCGUCGCGGUGUGGGAGACUGUCGGGAAGGCUGUGUGGGGUGGAGGUGACGAUCUUUGUGUCGAGGGGUCGACGGGAUAUGGUACGGCUUCGAGGUGA